AUGACCGGCCCCAAGCUGAAGGAGGCAGGGGGUGGUGCCAUCAUCCGGGGGGCUCGAGGGCACCCCUGGGACUAUGGUGCCACAGGUGCAGCCACCUCUCCGAAUGCCACAUCCGAGGCCUCGCACACCACCGUGACAGCACUCCCUACGUCUCAUCACACCGAAAGUGCAGCCACCUCCCCGAAUGCCACAUCCGAGGCCUCGCACACCACCGUGACAGCACUCCCUACGUCUCAUCACACCGAAAGUGCAGCCACCUCCCCGAAUGCCACAUCCGAGGCCUCGCACACCACCGUGACAGCACUCCCUACCUCCCAUCACACCGAAAGUGCAGCCACCUCUCCUAAUGCCACAUCCGAGGCCUCGCACAUCAGCGUGACAGCACUCCCUACGUCUCAUCACACCGAAAGUGCAGCCACCUCCCCGAAUGCCACAUCCGAGGCCUCGCACACCACCGUGACAGCACUCCCUACGUCUCAUCACACCGAAAGUGCAGCCACCUCUCCAAAUGCCACAUCCGAGGCCUCGCACAUCAGCGUGACAGCACUCCCUACGUCUCAUCACACCGAAAGUGCAGCCACCUCUCCGAAUGCCACAUCCGAGGCCUCGCACAUCACGGUGACAGCACUCCCUACGUCUCAUCACACCGAAAGUGCAGCCACCUCUCCGAAUGCCACAUCCGAGGCCUCGCACACCACGGCCUCGCACACCACCGUGACAGCACUCCCUACGUCUCAUCACACCGAAAGUGCAGCCACCUCUCCGAAUGCCACAUCCGAGGCCUUGCACACCACCGUGACAGCACUCCCUACGUCUCAUCACACCGAAAGUGCAGCCACCUCCCCGAAUGCCACAUCCGAGGCCUCGCACACCACCGUGACACCACUCCCUACGUCUCAUCACACCGAAAGUGCAGCCACCUCUCCAAAUGCCACAUCCGAGGCCUCGCACACCACCGUGACAGCACUCCCUACGUCUCAUCACACCGAAAGUGCAGCCACCUCCCCGAAUGCCACAUCCGAGGCCUCGCACACCACCGUGACACCACUCCCUACGUCUCAUCACACCGAAAGUGCAGCCACCUCCCCGAAUGCCACAUCCGAGGCCUCGCACACCACCGUGACAGCACUCCCUACGUCUCAUCACACCGAAAGUGCAGCCACCUCUCCGAAUGCCACAUCCGAGGCCUCGCACACCACCGUGACAGCACUCCCUACGUCUCAUCACACCGAAAGUGCAGCCACCUCCCCGAAUGCCACAUCCGAGGCCUCGCACACCACCGUGACACCACUCCCUACGUCUCAUCACACCGAAAGUGCAGCCACCUCUCCAAAUGCCACAUCCGAGGCCUCGCACACCACCGUGACAGCACUCCCUACCUCCCAUCACACCGAAAGUGCAGCCACCUCUCCAAAUGCCACAUCCGAGGCCUCGCACACCACCGUGACACCACUCCCUACGUCUCAUCACACCGAAAGUGCAGCCACCUCUCCGAAUGCCACAUCCGAGGCCUCGCACACCACUGUGACAGCACUCCCUACGUCUCAUCACACCGAAAGUGCAGCCACCUCCCCGAAUGCCACAUCUGAGGCCUCGCACACCACCGUGACACCACUCCCUACGUCUCAUCACACCGAAAGUGCAGCCACCUCUCCGAAUGCCACAUCCGAGGCCUCGCACACCACCGUGACACCACUCCCUACGUCUCAUCACACCGAAAGUGCAGUGACACCACUCCCUACGUCUCAUCACACCGAAAGUGCAGCCACCUCUCCCAAUGCCACAUCCGAGGCCUCGCACACCACCGUGACAGCACUCCCUACGUCUCAUCACACCGAAAGUGCAGCCACCUCUCCCAAUGCCACAUCCGAGGCCUCGCACACCACCGUGACAGCACUCCCUACGUCUCAUCACACCGAAAGUGCAGCCACCUCCCCGAAUGCCACAUCCGAGGCCUCGCACACCACCGUGACACCACUCCCUAUGUCUCAUCACACCGAAAGUGCAGCAACCUCUCCGAAUGCCACAUCCGAGGCCUCGCACAUCAGCGUGACAGCACUCCCUACGUCUCAUCACACCGAAAGUGCAGCCACCUCUCCGAAUGCCACAUCCGAGGCCUCGCACACCACCGUGACAGCACUCCCUACGUCUCAUCACACCGAAAGUGCAGCCACCUCUCUGAAUGCCACAUCCGAGGCCUCGCACACCACGGUGACAGCACUCCCUACGUCUCAUCACACCGAAAGUGCAGUCACCUCUCCGAAUGCCACAUCCGAGGCCUCGCACACCACGGUGACAGCACUCCCUACGUCUCAUCACACCGAAAGUGCAGCCACCUCUCCGAAUGCCACAUCCGAGGCCUCGCACACCACCGUGACAGCACUCCCUACGUCUCAUCACACCGAAAGUGCAGCCACCUCUCCGAAUGCCACAUCCGAGGCCUCGCACACCACCGUGACAGCACUCUCUACGUCCCAUCACACCGAAAGUGCAGCCACCUCUCCGAAUGCCACAUCCGAGGCCUCGCACACCACCGUGACAGCACUCCCUACGUCUCAUCACACCGAAAGUGCAGCCACCUCUCCGAAUGCCACAUCCGAGGCCUCGCACACCACCGUGACACCACUCCCUACGUCUCAUCACACCGAAAGUGCAGCCACCUCCCCGAAUGCCACAUCUGAGGCCUCGCACACCACCGUGACACCACUCCCUACGUCUCAUCAAACCGAAAGUGCAGCCACCUCUCCGAAUGCCACAUCCGAGGCCUCGCACACCACCGUGACAGCACUCCCUACCUCCCAUCACACCGAAAGUGCAGCCACCUCUCCAAAUGCCACAUCCGAGGCCUCGCACACCACCGUGACACCACUCCCUACGUCUCAUCACACCGAAAGUGCAGCCACCUCUCCGAAUGCCACAUCCGAGGCCUCGCACACCACCGUGACACCACUCCCUACGUCUCAUCACACCGAAAGUGCAGCCACCUCCCCGAAUGCCACAUCCGAGGCCUCGCACACCACCGUGACAGCACUCCCUACGUCUCAUCACACCGAAAGUGCAGCCACCUCUCCGAAUGCCACAUCCGAGGCCUCGCACACCACCGUCACAGCACUCCCUACGUCUCAUCACACCGAAAGUGCAGCCACCUCUCCGAAUGCCACAUCCGAGGCCUCGCACACCACCGUGACAGCACUCCCUACGUCUCAUCACACCGAAAGUGCAGCCACCUCUCCGAAUGCCACAUCCGAGGCCUCGCACAUCAGCGUGACAGCACUCCCUACGUCUCAUCACACCGAAAGUGCAGCCACCUCUCCGAAUGCCACAUCCGAGGCCUCGCACACCACGGUGACAGCACUCCCUACGUCUCAUCACACCGAAAGUGCAGUCACCUCUCCGAAUGCCACAUCCGAGGCCUCGCACACCACGGUGACAGCACUCCCUACGUCUCAUCACACCGAAAGUGCAGCCACCUCUCCGAAUGCCACAUCCGAGGCCUCGCACACCACCGUGACAGCACUCCCUACGUCUCAUCACACUGAAAGUGCAGCCACCUCUCCGAAUGCCACAUCCGAGGCCUCGCACACCACCGUGACAGCACUCCCUACGUCUCGUCACACCGAAAGUGCAGCCACCUCUCCGAAUGCCACAUCCGAGGCCUCGCACACCACCGUGACAGCACUCCCUACGUCUCAUCACACCGAAAGUGCAGCCACCUCUCCUAAUGCCACAUCCGAGGCCUCGCACACCACCGUGACAGCACUCCCUACGUCUCAUCACACCGAAAGUGCAGCCACCUCUCCGAAUGCCACAUCCGAGGCCUCGCACACCACCGUGACAGCACUCUCUACGUCCCAUCACACCGAAAGUGCAGCCACCUCUCCGAAUGCCACAUCCGAGGCCUCGCACACCACCGUGACAGCACUCCCUACGUCUCAUCACACCGAAAGUGCAGCCACCUCUCCGAAUGCCACAUCCGAGGCCUCGCACACCACCGUGACAGCACUCCCUACGUCUCAUCACACCGAAAGUGCAGCCACCUCCCCGAAUGCCACAUCCGAGGCCUCGCACACCACCGUGACAGCACUCCCUACGUCUCAUCACACCGAAAGUGCAGCCACCUCUCCGAAUGCAGGCCUCGCAUACCACCGUGACAGCACUCCCUACUUCUAA